UUCCGGACUCGCACAAGAUCGACACAGAUCGUCACAUUAGCUGGCAAGCCGCUACCUGCCCUACCGCUUCUCCCGCCCCCUCUUCUCGCAUCCUCAGCUCACUGCCAGACCCGCAUCGUUGUCACAGGAGGGUCAGCCAGCUCAAAGGCAUCACAGCUUUGGUCGCGACCAGCGUGACUUAGUCGGUGUAAGGGGCUUCCAUACUUCACCCUCAUCGUGAACUAUCGAGAGGCAGGCGGUAGCAUCUGCACUCCUCCCCGAUCGCUUCCUUUGCGCCAGUGGGAGCCCUUGAUUCGCUCGGUAUACUUCCGGGUCAUCUCAGUGCUCCCAAAGAGCCUACCUACGCCAGAGUCAUCCAGACGCAGCAGCUACGCUGUGACCCUGGCUUGCCAGCUGAGUCCGAAGGCCCUGUGCAUCAGCUCGCGCCAGACUCAUCCUUUUGAUCGCGACUAGCGAAAGCAGGAAACGCCCGGAAUGGCGUCCUCAUCGGGCUGGGCGCCCCAGGAGGAGGGAUUGGUACAACUGGUCGAGCUCUUCAAGAAGAGUCAGACAGCAUAUGGCGCAGACCAGGCAGACAUUGCAGACCGCCUCGAUACCCUGAGCAACAUCCCCGACUAUGCCAACUAUCUUGUGUUCACCCUCACCAGCCUCACCUCGGAAGAGCCAUCGGUGAGGUCUGUAGCCGGCCUGAUUCUAAAGAAUCACCUCUUCUACAAUCGCGAAAAGGUCUCACAGGACUCACUGCAGUACAUCAAGAUGACUAUUCUACCUGCGCUAAGUAUGCCCGAAGACUUGCUCAGACGGACGGCUACGCAGGUCAUGACGAUGUUGAUGGCCAUUCAAGGUCCAGCAAAUUGGCCAGAAGGACUGAUCAAGUUGACCGAGCUAAUGGGUUCGCAGAACAUUAACGAGGCCGAGGGAGCGUAUUCGACUUUCGCCAAGAUGUGCGAAGAUAUGCCGCAUGAGCUUGACGAAUGCGAGAUCAACGGCAUGAAAGUACUCGACAUUCUCAUCCCCAAAUUCAUAGAAGGGAGCGACCACUCGGAGGCUCGCAUACGCAUGCACGCUUUGAACUGUCUGAACCAAUUCAUCUCCCUCGGCUCUUCAGCUCUGCAAAAUCACAUCGACGCAUUUCUCUCUUGCCUCUUCAAAAGGGCUUCCGACGAAAGCGAUUUCGUCCGCAAAUUUGUUUGUCAAGCUCUGGUCCUCAUCCUCUCAGCUCGGCCAGACAAGCUCAUGCCUCAACUGCCGAAUGUCGUCGACUUCAUGCUUUACUCGACGCAGGACUCAGACGAAGACGUAGCUGUCGAAGCUUGCGAAUUCUGGCUGCAAUUUGCCGAGGAUCCAAACGUUCAGGAACAUCUGGCGCCCUAUCUCGCUCGAGUUGCGCCAGUCCUACUCAAGUCCAUGGUGUACAAUGAGAUGGACCUCAUCCUGCUAGGUGGAGAAGAGGAUGAUGCCGCUGUGCCUGACAGAGCAGAGGAUGUCAAGCCUCAACACUACUCUGGAAAGUCCCACAAGACUGAAAAGAUGGCCAGUCAAGACAAUGGCGCACCAGCUGCAGCAGGUGCCGCCAGUGGCAGCGCGCAAGCGAAGUCGAGAGCAGCCAUUGAGGGACAAACGACAGCUGAAGAUGACGAUGAGUACGACGAUGACGACGAUGACGACGACGACGAUGACGACUACGAUGACGAUGAGCAAGUCGAGUGGAAUCUACGCAAGUGUGCAGCUGCUGCCCUUGACGUGAUGGCGUGUCAUUUCGGAGAGCAGCUCCUAGAGAUCCUUUUGCCAUACCUCAAGGACCGCCUCUUCUCGCCGGACUGGCUUCAGCGGGAAAGCGGCAUUCUCGCUCUAGGUGCUAUCGCGGAAGGCUGCAUUGGAGGUAUUCAGCCCCAUCUGCCAACGCUGGUGCCAUUCCUCGUCAACAGCCUCUCAGACUCAAAGCCUUUGGUCCGAUCAAUUGCCUGCUGGACUCUCGGCCGGUAUUCUUCCUGGUGCAUCGCGGACAAGUCCCCCGACUUUCAGAGAGCUUACUUCCUGCCGGUCAUGGAAGGACUGUUGCACAUGGUCAUGGACAACAACAAGAGGGUCCAGGAAGCCGGAUGCUCUGCCUUUGCAACGCUAGAAGAGGAGACUGGCGAAGAUCUUGCGCCUUACCUGGAGCCCGUCCUGCGAACUCUUGCUGCUGCAUUCGGCAAGUACCAGCAAAAGAAUCUGCUGAUUCUGUACGAUGCCAUCGGAACAUUAGCUGAUUCGGUCGGUGCUGCUCUGGGUACAAGGGCUGAAUACGUCGAUAUACUCAUGCCGCCCUUGAUCGGCAAGUGGACUGGUCUAGCUGAUGACGAUGCUCAGUUGAUUCCACUGCUGGAGUGUCUAUCGUCGGUAACCAUUGCCUUGGGCCCAGCCUUUGCUGCUCAUUCGCCGCCGGUCUACACCCGCUGUCUCAAGAUCAUCAAUGAUAAUCUGCUCGCAACACAAGAAGAGCUGAGCAAACCGGAGCCGGAUCGCGAGAUGCCCGACGACUCAUUCGUUGUCGUUGCUCUGGAUCUGCUCAGUGGUCUCAGUCAAGGACUAGGAGGUCACUUCAUGGAACUCGUGGUCAGCACGAGCAACGGAGGCGCGGGGCAGGUCCAGCUUGUGCCUUUGCUAGGUGGAUGCAUCACCUCUCCUUCGGCUCCCAUCCGUCAAUCAGCUUAUGCACUGCUGGGUGACCUUGCCAUCUCCGCUUUUGGGCUGCUACGCCCUACUAUCCCUGAGCUCAUGCCGGAACUGAUAUCUCAGAUCGUGCCAGAGCCUUCGAUGGGCAAUGUUUCGGUGUGCAACAAUGCUGCUUGGGCGGUAGGUGAAAUUGCUCUUCAGUACGGAGCCCUUGAAGAUGAAUCAGCCACACCAUCGACCAGCACUGGAUCAAACGCCGCUUCUGGAGGGGGCACCAAGCAACCUCCGCCUGACUUUGCACAGUUCGUCGAGCCGUUGAUACAGAAGCUCAUACCUGUGCUACUGUCGACCAAGAGCGUCAAGUCGCUGACGGAGAAUUCAGCGGUAACGAUCGGCAGAUUGGGAUUGGUAGCUCCAGAGCUGGUGGCACCUCACUUGGGCGUCUUCUUCGAAGAGUGGUGCCAGGCUUUGUGGGACAUCAAGGACAACGAAGAGAAGGACAGCGCUUUCCGAGGACUGUGUGAGAUGAUCAAGGUCAACCCUAAUGGUGCGGUCAAGGGAUUCAUCUUUUUCUGCAACGCUGUGGUGCGGUGGACCACGCCGUCGCAACAGCUGAACGAGAUGUUCCACACCAUCCUGCAUGGCUUCCGGGAAAUGAGCGGAGCUGGAUGGGCUACGAUGCGGCAGCAAUUGCCUGAGCCAAUCGCAGUGAGGCUAGCAGAGAGGUACAACAUCUGAAGCAGGCACGAAGGGGAAUACGCGUAGGUCUGUGUGACAGCGGUGGCGCUGGUCGACAGCAGAUGAGAUGAGUAAGAAAGUAGGAAGCCGCACAAUCUUUUUCAUCUCCAUCAAUUCCCAUUCCCUCACUACGUCAUCGAGGGUCUGAGCUGAGCUUCUGAACCAUGAGCAGACACAUAUCCUUCAUACAAUGAAUGCAGACGAAUAGAUUUGCUGCCUGCGUCAAUGUACCGAGGGCGGGAAAGUGACGCAGCU